AUGAUGAGCAGCUCCAGGGACUGUAUGAAAAGGUUUGGAUCGAUGUCAGUGAGUGUAGACUUGACUAAUACAAAAGAAGUUGAGAUGCUAAGAGAUGUCUUAGUUGCAUGGCCUGUAGAAAUGGGAGAACUCGAGAUCUUGUUUAAGAAUAACAGUGCUACCUUGAAAGAAGGUGAUGAGUCUUCCAUUGGAAGAACAGGGAAGAAUAUUUGGGAAGAGACAAAACCGUUUCCCAACGCUCACUUCCAUGCAUUUACUCUAUGGUUGACUAACUUUAGCGGUUUGAAAGAAGAGUUUGCGUUUGCCUCGCGUCUGAUAACACAAGGUACAGUGGUUAGGACUAUGAUGAUCAAACCGUCGUCUUUCUCUCCAAGUAAGAAGUUGGAGAUUGAAGCGGCAGUGGCCAGGUUAAAGAAGCUUCCAAAAUUUCACAAGGAGCUUGGUAUCUUUAUGUGCAUAUUUGGGAUCUAA